UCUUCCGACAGUCCCUGAAGGUUGCAUUGGGUUUGGGUUUCACCCCAAACGCUUGCAAAAUGCUCAGGAAAAAUACGUUAUUGUGGCAUUUUUGUGAAGAACCACACGUCCUUAAAAUGUUGUAACAGAGCCGACUCAGAAUGGAUGAAGAAACUAAAAUGCGAACCAGAUGUCAUCUUUUGGAUUUGCCCUGGGAAGAUGUUCUUGUUCCACACGUUUUAUGCUAUUUGCCACUACAACACCUUGUCAGCCUGCAGAGGGUGAGCAAACAGUUCCACAGCCUCAUCCAGGUGUACUUAGCCAACUGCAGGACUUUUGAUCUGUCCGCGGUUGGACCAUCCAUUCCCAAAGAGGCAUUUUGCUCCAUGUUAAAGGACAACAAAGUUCUCCAUAGCCUGUCACUUCAGAACUGUUCAGAUUGGUUGACAGACAAGGAGCUGCUGCCAGUUGUUGGCCAGAACCAGCAUCUUCAGAGAGUGGACAUGAGCGGGUGUGUUUGGCUCACCCGCCACUCACUGGUGGCGGUGUCCUUGAGCUGCAUGCACCUCAAGCACCUUGGCCUCGCUCACUGUGAGUGGGUGGACAGUCUGUCCCUGCGCAGCCUGGCUGACCACUGUGGGGGGCUGCAGUCGAUUGACCUCACUGCCUGCCGCCAGCUCAAGGACGACGCCAUCUGCUACCUGGCCAAGAAGUGUUUGAAAUUGAGGUCUCUAUCUUUGGCAGUCAAUGCUAACGUCACUGAUGAGUCGGUGGAGGAAGUGGCCAAGAACUGCAGGGGCCUGGAGCAGCUGGACCUGACAGGUUGCCUGCGGGUCAGAAACCAGUCCAUCAGGACUCUUGCAGAGUACUGCCCGAAGCUGCAAUCCCUGAAGGUGAAUCACUGUCACAAUGUGACAGAGUCAAGCCUGGAUCCUCUGCGGAAGCGCAAUGUUGUGAUAGAUGUUGAGCCGCCUUUACAGAGGGCUCUGGUACUUCUUCAGGAUGUACUAGGAUUUGCUCCCUUUAUCAAUCUCCAGAUAUAGCCAGAGGGCCAUCUGAGUGUCCAACAAGAAUACACAGGUGUCUUCAUCAAAGCAGUCACUCUCAGCUGGGCCACAAGGACACAUGAGUUGCUCUAAGAAACGACAAUCCAAGAAGAGCUGGAGUUUUUGUGGCAAAGCAGCUUUGACAAAAACGCUCACCAGAAUGUGAAAGAUGCAUAUUUAAGACAAAACAAAGCCAUGUACAUUCAAGAAUUGCUGCCUCAUGUCCAAAAGAUGUCACUGCACUACUGGGUUUUAAUAUCUUCACUACUGAGACUUCUGCUGCCACCACAAUACAAUAAAAGGUGACUGCAAUUUUGUUUGUGGUGCUGACUGUGUGUCUUCCAGAAACAAUGUCCUGGAUCCUCAGGAUAAUCCAGUGACCUCGCCGUCAACAGUUUUUAACGGCUGCACUUUGAAAUCCGUUCAUCUGCUUUGUCUUUCACUGUAGUUGUUAGACUUGAAUGAUCUGCAUGGCUGACAGCAUAUUAGUGGGAAAAUGUUUAUAUGUUAUACUUAUGAUGUGGGUGAAGCAACCCUUUAAUCCACGAUGUUAAUAAAUGCAUUACUUGUAUAUGUAUUUGUUUGAAGUAAGUAUAGGAAUUUAUUAUGACUGUUUCCAAAACCCUUGAAAUAAUUUUGUAGAAAGUAUGUGUAUUAAAAAGUCUGUUGUCCAGUAAUAGCAUAUAUGACUUAUAUAAGGAAUAUUAAAUUGUAAAAUACACUACCAUCAGAAAAGACUGCUGUCGU